CCAUUGCUUCAUAUACACGCCGAAUCACGCCUUCUAUAGGCGAUCGAUAUAAACGACUUUUAACGCCGUUGUAGGUAGCUGCAUAUACACGCCGUUUAACGCCUUAUACGAUUUCCCUGUACACGCUUUUUAACGCCGUCAAAUUAAAACGCAAAUUUCCAUUUCAUUAUUGAAUUAAAUGACAUCGGAAGACUGAUAUUGUAAACAUUAAAUAUUGCCAAGGUCAUUUCCGUUUUCAGAAAAUGGUGUUACUAUAAUAAGAUUUUCGGGAAAAUCUAUUUAUAAAUUCAUGUCGAGCUAAAAAUAAUCACGCGCGGUACAUAUAAAAUUCGCCGACUAUCGGUCUUUUUGCCUGGAGCUGAAGGUUAAGUUAUAUAUGUUUUUUAUUUGAAAUACCUUUAAAUAUUUAGCCAGUUUUAUUUACAAUCAGAAAUUAUCGACUAUAUCUUUCUUUUAAUAUCAUAAAUUAAAUGAAAAGCGCUAAUUUAAUGACCGUCAACCGUGUGAAAAAUAUAGACAAGUGUGAAAUGUUUUGAUAAUUGGCGAUUAAUUUUGACUGAUCUAAGGGGGUUUCUCAGCAUGAAACUCAAUUAUUUCCGGGGGUUAAAGGUGUUUGAAAGGGUAAUAAAAUCUUGAUUGGUCCCUUGGUGUCUAGGAACGGUAGGUUCUUGGGGUUCUUGACUUAUAUUGCGUAAUACGUUACGUAAUUUAUGACCUGUGAUGAUUUAUGUUGUUUUAGCAAGGGACCCAGUCGGUAUAUCACCAGGGGUGACAUAUGGACCUGUCAAUCACUUUAAUUUGAAUAUAAUUAAAAAUUAAUAAUCCAAUCAAAUUGUUGUUCUUGAUAUAUGUCUUUUAACUUGUUUGUAAUUAGAAAUGGAUUAACGACACUCCUCCCCUUUUUAAUUGUUGUUAGAUAUGAUUAGUCGUUCAAUUUUAGGUAAUUAUCCAAUCAAUUGCUUAUCCUUUUAAUUUUAUUCAAACAAUAGAUAUUUUUUUCAGUUCGCUUGAGAACACCAACGCUUGUAGUAAUAAUUACAAUUUUGGCAAUAAUUAAAACACUUUACAAUGGCCGAUUCUGACUCUGAUUCUGGUUCUUCUUUUUAUGGAUUCUCAGAAGAUGAGCUAGAUUUUCCUAGCUUAGAUUCUUCUAGUGAGGAAUCUAUAGCUGGCAGUGAUGAUGAUGAUGAUGAUAAUGCUGACAAUAUUAGACCCUGGUCUAAUAAUUUCCAUCAACCAAGGGUGGGUUGAUAUUAUGAUAAAAUAAAAUAAUAUUAAAACAAAAAAAAACAAAAAAAAAAAAACGUGAAAUAAAUAAAAAUACACUCAUAUUUAUAUCUAAAACAGCACUUUUUUUUAUAAAAUAAGAGGUCAUGUGAAAUAUUUUCAUAUCAAUUGACAUUUAAAAAAAUAACUUUGCAAUAAUUUUCUUCUUUUUAUUUACAGAUUCAGCAGUUCACAGAACAACCUGGACCCAACAUGCCUGACCACAUUGACUCUGCCUCUGCUCUGCCCAUUGAGUUCUUUCUGCUACUGUUUCCAGUUGAGCUGAUAUGCCUUAUCACUCGACUGACGAAUGAGUAUGCAGUUUGGCGGAUGAGUCAGCUUGGAGCCCGGUUUGAUGACCUAUGGGAGGAGGUUACUGUCCAUGAAAUGAGGGCAUUUCUUGGGAUAAACAUCUUGAUGGGAAUCAACCAGCUUCCAGAAGCCAAGAUGUACUGGUCAACAGAUCCACUGAUUGGCAACACAGCCGUUUCGAAGAUAAUGACUAUCAACCGAUUUCAGCAAAUCAUGAAGUACCUCCAUGUAUCAGAUAGGACAACUGAACCGACUCGAGACCAGCCUGGGUUUGACAAGCUUUUCAAGGUCCGUCCUGUUUUAGAUUCUUUGUCAGAUACCUUUAGACGUUACUUCACUCUGCACCGGGAAGUCUCCAUCGAUGAAGCCAUGGUAGCCUUUGCUGGCCGCUUAUCCUACAGACAGUACAUGCCUGCCAAGCCAGUGAAGAGAGGUAUAAAGGUUUGGAUGCUCUGCGAUGCACAGUCUGCUUAUCUUUCACGAUUUGAUAUCUACCUUGGGCGCCAGGAAAACAGAACAGAACAUGGUUUGGGACACAACGUGGUGAUGAAAUUGUCAGACCACCUCAGGCACUCCUUUAGAUGGUUGUUUUUUGACAAUUUUUUUACUGGGGUUGAGCUGAUGCAGCGUCUUCUUGAUGUUGGACUUUAUGCCUGUGGAACGGUUCGCACCAACAGAAAGGGGUUUCCACAAGAGUUGAAGAAGCCAUCUGAUGUCAGGAACAGGGGCGACUUCAAGGUCCUUCAGAAGAGGAACUCAAACCUAACUGCUAGUGUUUGGAGAGACAAGAAGCCAGUUCAUCACCUUUCAACACUGAGUGAUCCUCGGAUGAUAUUACCAGUGCAGAGACAAGUAGGUCCCAGACUUAUGAAUUUACAGCAGCCACAUUCAGUCAGCCAGUACAACAAGUUUAUGGGUGGAGUUGACCUUCAGGACCAGUUUAGAAGUACUUACCCAGUUGGCAGAAAUGGAAAGAAGUCUUGGCGGUACAUCUUCUGGUUCUUGCUAAAUAGUGCGAUUGUUAACGCCUGGAUUUUGUACAGUGAUUUCUCCACACGAACAACCAAGAAAAGGUACAUGCUCUUGACUUCAGGCUAGAGCUGAUCCAGGACCUUGUUGGAGGUUACAACAAGCGGAAGCGCAGUCAACCCGAGAAGCCUUUCCUCGGACAGCUUGUUGAAGUCGAAAACAUCGAAGGACAUAUUUUAUCUAGACUUCCUGGAAAGAAGCGUACGUGUAAGUUUCACGCCCGGAACCUGAAGGAGAGACGAGAGUCUGUCUAUGGCUGCACUGUAUGCAAUGUUCACCUGUGUAGGGAUGGCUGCCAUGCCCGAUACUACAACCAAGGAUGA